AUGGUGCCCAUGGUCACCGAGGCGUGGACGCUCGCCGGGUGCGGCGGGGCGGCGGCGUCCAAGCCUUUGCCGGCUCAGGAGGUCCCCGUGCUACCGCAUCCUACCGCCAAGAAACCCGCCUCGUCGAGAGGGGUGGCCGUGGCGAGCAGCGCAGGCCAGGACGGCCGGCGCGAUGCCGCCGUCGUCGGGAGGCGCCGCGGCAUCGCGUCGUGCCUGCUGGCCGCGCUCGCGCUGGCCGGCUCCUCCUCAGGCGGCGCCGCUCGGGCCGCCAUCCUGGAGGCGGACGACGACAUGGAGCUGCUGGAGCGCGUCAAGGAGGACAAGAAGAAGCGGCUCCAGAAGCAGGGGAUCAUCAGCUCCUCCGCCGCGGAGACAGGGUACCUGCAGGACCUGGUGUACAAGCUGAGCAAGGUGGGGCAGGCCAUUGACAAGGACGACCUCGCCGCCGCCGGCGACGUCCUCGGCCCCGCCCCCGACGCGCCGUGGGUGCAGAACGUCAAUGCAGCUUUCUCCAAGUUCAGCUCGAGCAGUGAGGAGAAGAGCGCGGUCGACAGCUUCAACUCCUCGCUGUCCUCCUUAUUCACAUCAGUGAGCAAGAGCGACAUCAACUCGUCCAAGUCGGCGUUCGUGUCGUCGGCGACGGCGCUGGAGAAAUGGGUGGAGCUGGCCGGGCUCACCGGCAAGCUCAAGGGCUUCUGA